AGCCAAGAAGAAGCAGGAGGAGGAGGAGGCGGAGAAGAAGAAUGAUGAUGGUCGAUGAAUAGAUGAACGAAUGAAAAGAGGGCGUCUUGAAUGCAGGACGUGGCAGAAAGGACUGGGGAAGGGUGGACUAAGAAGAAGAAGAAGAAGAAGAAGAAGAAGAAGAAGAAGAAGAAGAAGAAGAAGAAGAUGGAGAAGAAGAAGAAGAAGAAGAAGAAGAAGAAGAUGGAGAAGAAGAAGAAGAAGAAGAAGAAGAAGGAGGAGGAGGAGGAGGAGAAGAAGGAGAAGAAGGAGAAGAAGGAGAACAACAACAACAACAACAACAACAACAACAACAACAACAACAACAGCAAGAACUUGAACAAGGAAGAGUGACAAGAACAAGAGCAAGAAGAAGUGACAAGCAAGUGGUGGACAAAUCUCGAAAGCUUUGUGUCUGUUUUAAAGCUUCGUGUCUCUUUUAAAGCUUCGUGUCUGCUUACCAAAACAAUAUUCCCUGACAACGCGUUUUGACAGGCUGCGCUUGGGUAAGACGGGGACGCCAAGAAGGGGGAAGAGGCGGGGCGGGGGGGGUAGACGAAGAAAAUCUCGAAAUGAUCUUAGCUGCAACACGUGGCAGAGAAGUCAGAGUACAUAGGGAGAAGUUGGAGGAGAGGAGAGAAGAAGAGGAAGAUAAACUGUCAUAACGUGG